AUGGCCGCCGCCGCCUCCUUCCUCGCCGCUCCCUCCCCGCUCGCCCGCCGGCCGCGCCCGCGCAAUUCACUCCGCCACCUCGCGCGCGCCGCGGCCGCCAGGCCGUCGACCGGCCCCCUCACGCCCCCGCCCCGCCGAGCCCGCGGCCGCCGCCUCCUUCCUCGCCGCGCCCUCCCCGCUCGCCCGCCCGCCGCGCCCGUGCCAUUCCCUCCGCCACCUCGUGCGUGCCGCGGCGGCCAGGCCGUCGACCGGCCCCCUCGCGCCCCCCGCCUCGCCGAGCCCGCGGUCGCCGCCUCCUUCCUUGCCGCGCCCUCCCCGCUCGCCCGCCCGCCGCGCCCGCGCCAUUUCCUCCGCCACCUCGCGCGCGCCGCGGCCGCCAGGCCGCCGACUGGCCCCCUCUCGCCCCCGCCUCGCCGAGCCCGCGGAGGCCGCUCCGGAUUUCAAUGUUGUGCCUACACCGGGUUCUCCAUCCACUCCAUGGCUUGCAGUGUGGCGCUGGACGAUGGGGUGCUCCAUAAGGUUGAGGCCGCCGCAUACUGGACCGCUGUCGUGCCAAACGUCGAGGAGUAUGGCAGCGUCGUGGCCAGGGCCAUCACAUCCGGCGACGAGAAUGUGGCCAAGAGGAUUCUGUGGCGCGGGGUGAUGACCGUGGACAUGCUUCCCUGGGGAACGAGAGGAAAGGCACCCAUAACCCAGCAGUUGCGAGGUGAAUCAGAUGCAGAGUAUGCAGAGUUCUCUUCCAAGGUGCUGCAUUUGAAAGGUGAUAGGAAAGACUUUGAUUUCGUCAAGACAAGCCUUUCUGCUAAGGGCUUUAAUGUCAUCUAUGAUAUUAAUGGUAAGCCAGACAGCUACAAUAGGAGUACUCUCUUUCUUUACAAAUGCAGCAGCACCCAUUCUGGUACUAUUUUCAGGUUUAUCUAUUGCUCAUCGGCAGGAGUCUACCUUAAGUCAGACCUGCUCCCACACUUUGAGACCGACGCUGUGGACCCAAAAAGUCGGCAUAAGGGAAAGCUGGAGACACAGAGCCUGCUGGAGACGAGCGGCGUGAACUGGACGUUCAUGAGACCGGUCUACAUCUACGGCCCUCUCAACUACAACCCCGUGGAGGAGUGGUUCUUCCACCGGCUCAAGGCUGGUCGCCCGAUCCCCAUCCCUAACGCUGGGAACCAGAUCACCCUGCUCGGCCAUGUCAAGGAUUUGGCGACGGCCUUCAUCAAGGUCCUCGGCAACCCCAAGGCGAGCAAGCAGGUGUACAACAUCUCCGGCAGCAAGUAUGUCACCUUCGAGGGGAUAGGACGGGCAUGCGCAAAGGCUGGAGGGUUCCCUGAGCCGGAGAUCAUCCACUACAACCCCAAGGACUUCGAUUUCGGCAAGAAGAAGGCCUUCCCCUUCAGAGACCAGCAUUUCUUCGCAUCGGUGGAGAAGGCCAGCAAGGACCUCGGGGUUACGCCGGAGUACGACCUCCUCGACGGCUUGACGGACUCGUACAACCUUGACUUCGACCGCGGGACCUUCAGGAAGGAGGCUGACUUCACCACAGACGACAUGAUCCUCGACAAGAAGCUCGUGAGCGUCUGAGGCGUGCAUGGACGGGCUCAUGGCAGUGCAAAGCGUGUGGCAACAGCGUGUGCGGCGUGCAUAUGUAGCACAGGGAAGACGAUCUCAGUUUUGGGAUGUAGGUUGAGGUUCACUCAUCCGAUGAAAUGUACUGCUGACACCUAAUUCUCUCCUCGUGUCAUUUGCUUUACUUCGGUUCAGUUUAUACGUGGUUUUCUUUUUGUAAUAAUAUAUCGGUUUUCUAA